AUGGUAUUACAAGAAAGAAUUCAAUCUCUUCUAGAUAGGGGGCGUGACGGUAUUAAUAAUGUUUACAAUAAUGCACCUAUGCUGAGGUUUAUCAACCCCAACAACAGAUACAAUAUUGUGUCCACAGGAGAAAAUAGUGAUCCAUCACGUACUAGGACCAUCGAUGGACACGUUGUGCACGUGGGCGAGACCAACGAUGGUGUUUUCAGUAACUUGUCUGCAAAACCACAUGUCAAUUCCACAGUCGUUACAGAUGUUUUGCCAUCAUAUUCCGAGGCAGCACAUGAUCCCUCUCCGCCCUACUGGGAAACUUCGGUAAUGUCUGAAUUCGACGAAAUAUAUAUUGAUGGGAUACCGGUAGGUAAUGUUCUCAAUUUUCUUUGGAGUAUACUGGUGAGUGUCUUAUUCCAGUUUUUAGGAUUUGUAAUCACUUACUUGCUACAUACUUCACAUGCCGCUAAGAAUGGAUCACAGGUUGGACUUGGAAUAACCAUCAUCAACUUGGCAUUUGUUUCACUGCCAAUAGAUAUUGAUAAGAAUUUAGUUGAUACAACAAUGGGGAGAGUAGAACCUGUUGAUCCGACCAUGAUUGAUGCGACUGUGGAUAAUCCUAUUAUGGUUGGUUCUGUUGACGAAUUUCAUUCAUCCCUUAGUACCCACGGGGAGUUUCAGCACCAAAUAAAGGGAACUCUGAAAGGCAUUCCGUUUUUAUCAUACUUUCUCUUUGCACUGGGUGGACUAAUCAUCAUGAAGGCUUGCUGGGACUUUAUUAAAGUCAAAAGGCUAGAGUAUUCUAUUAUGUUUCCUUCAAAUAAUGUAGCGUCAGCGGCAUCCCAAGUAGAAAGUGGAAAUGACAACCAUAAUCAUAAUGACAAUACAGUUGGUGAUGAUGCUGAUGUUCACUCGCAGGGGAUUGAAAUGACCACUAACCCAACUAUAUCCGAAAAUGCAUUCCAAAGAGUCUAG